CGAAGACGUGAGAGAUCCAGCGGUGUAGGGGGGAAGACCGGCCGGCUUCUCGGAACGAACCAACUGCGCUCGGCCGCGGGGUGGAGUGUGUGUGUGGGGGGGGGGGGGGAGCAGGAGAGGGCGAACGGCGGGCGAAGACCAGGCAGCGGCUAUGGCUCCCCCCCCGGCCACUCGCGCACGGCGGCGCAGCGGGCGCCGGGACCGCGGCUCCGCCAGGAGGGUGAAGUAAGGGCGCCAAGAGGUUCCAGACAAAUGAGUAGAGUCGAAUACAGAAGAGGGACAGGUUCCAGUUGAUCACCUUGUUCAGCGAAGAACCCUUGAGAUCAGCCAGAGGAGGAAGAAAUAAAGUAGCACAGGGCUUGGCGGGUGAUGCAGGAGAAACCCGAGCUGAGACGUGGCACAGGAGUGCUGGUGAAAAAGAGACUUGGAAACAGGAACCGUCUAUGCAAGACGGGACAGAUAAAGCAAAGGAGCCACUAACACACUUCCUGACAGCCUUCACUGUUCAUCAGGAGGGAGAGCCUGCAUGACAGAGGAAUGGCAGAGCAUCAGCAGUGCAGCAGUGAUGCAGGAGACUGACGUUGGCACAAGUCUCUCCUGGCUCUUUUUCCACCAUGGCUCUUGCCUCUGCAUAUUCAUCGGAUGGUAAUGUAGGAUGCCGAGAGCAGCAGUAGAGUUUGGCUUGAUCCCACUGUGUUUCUCCUGUGCCGGCUGAGACUUUGUAUCACCAUGACAACACUGUGACACUUCUCGCAACGGCUCCCCGCAGAUCAAGGAUGGGCUGGGGGUGGUGAGAAGUUCCACGAUUGAUGCGAACUGGAUCAAAAGUUGCAGUGGCAACGCAAAGACUGUCGCAAAGCCGUCGUCAGGACAAGAAGAUGAAAUUUCCAUUCUAUUGGCUUCUUGAUAAGCAGGCACAAUAACAUUUCAUUCAAGAGACUUGCUAUAAGAACUCUUUUGGUUAUGGCUACUGAUCCGACGUGAUCGGGCGCGCACCGACUUUUGAACUCAUGACUGGAUAUACGAUGUUGCGGAAUGGGGGAGUGGGGAACGGAGGCCAGCCAUGGGUGUUGAGAUGGUCCAGUCGGAUCCGGCUCACCUGGCUUAGUUUCACCCUCUUUAUUAUCCUCGUCUUCUUUCCCCUCAUUGCCCACUACUACUUAACCACCAUUGAUGAUGCGGAUGACGCUGGCAAGCGCAUCUUUGGCCCUCGGACCGGCAACGAGCUGUGUGAGGUGAAGCAUGUGCAAGACCUGUGCCGCAUCCGUGAGUCGGUCAGCGAGGAGCUGCUCCAGCUGGAGGCCAAGCGGCAGGAGCUCAACAGCGAGAUUGCCAAGCUGAACUUGAAGAUCGAGGCCUGCAAAAAGAGCAUUGAAAAUGCCAAGCAGGACCUGCUGCAGCUGAAGAAUGUCAUCAGCCAGACGGAGCAUUCCUACAAAGAACUGAUGGCCCAGAACCAGCCAAAGCUCUCCUUGCCCAUCCGGCUCCUGCCAGACAAAGACGAUGCAACCUUUCCUUUGCCAAAAUCCAACCGGAACUGCAGGCUACACAACUGCUUUGACUACUCGCGAUGCCCGUUGACGUCUGGCUUUCCAGUCUAUGUCUACAACAGCGAUGAUUACCCUUUUGGUAGUUCCUUAGACCCUUUAAUUAAACAAGCCUUUGAGGCGACUGUCAGAACUAAUGUUUAUGUUACUGAAAAUGCAAAUAUUGCUUGUGUGUAUAUAAUUUUAGUAGGGGAAAUGCAAGAGCCCGUAAUGCCAAAACCUACUGAACUAGAGCAACAGUUGCACUCUUUGCCAUAUUGGAGGACUGAUGGACAUAACCAUCUCAUCAUCAAUUUAUCAAGAAAAUCGGAAACUCAGAAUUUUAUUUACAACAUCAGCACAGGGCGCGCCAUGAUUGCUCAGUCCACCUUUUAUGAUGUGCAGUAUCGACCAGGGUUUGAUAUUGUGGUAUCGCCUCUGGUCCAUGCUAUGUCAGAACCCAACUUCCUAGAAAUCCCACCCCAGGUGCCAGUCAAGCGUAAAUAUUUGUUCAGUUUCCAGGGAGAGAAGAUAGAGUCUCUCAGAUCAAGCUUGCAAGAAGUUCGCUCCUUUGAAGAGGAAAUAGAAGGCAAUGCCCCAGCUGAUUAUGACGAUCGGAUCAUUACCACCUUGAAGGCUGUUCAGGACAGCAAAUUGGACUUUGUUUUGGUGGAGUUCACAUGUAAGAACCAGCCUAAGGCAAGUCUGCCCACUGAGUGGGCUCUGUGUGGAGAAAGGGAUGACAGACUAGAGCUACUGAAGCUAUCUACUUUUGCACUGAUAAUCACCCCAGGGGACACUCAUCUAGUGAUUUCGGCCGGGUGUGCCAUGAGACUGUUUGAGGCUCUGGAAGUUGGAGCCAUCCCAGUGGUUCUUGGAGAGCAAGUUCAGCUACCCUACAAUGAUGUGAUCCGGUGGAAUGAGGCAGCCUUAAUCAUACCAAAGCCACGUAUCACAGAAGUGCACUUUCUUCUGAGAAGCAUUUCUGACAACGAUCUCCUUGCCAUGAGGAGGCAAGGCCGCUUCUUGUGGGAGACCUACUUCUCCACCUCUGAGAACGUGUUCAGCACAGUCUUAGCUAUCAUAAGGACUCGAAUCCAAAUCCCAGCUGCUCCUAUCCGAGAAGAAGCUGCUGUGGAGAUUCCACACCGGUCCGGCAAAGCUGCUGGUACGGACCCCAAUAUGGCAGACAAUGGUGACCUGGACUUAGGGCCUGUGGAAACAGAACCACCCUAUGCAUCUCCCAAAUAUCUCCGCAACUUCACCCUCACUGCAAUGGACAUCUACAGGAAUUGGAAUUCGGCCCCUGGGCCUUUCCACCUCUUCCCCUAUACUCCCUUUGAUCCCGUUUUACCAUCAGAAGCAAAAUUUUUAGGGUCUGGGACUGGAUUUCGACCAAUUGGUGGAGGAGCCGGUGGUUCUGGGAAGGAGUUCCAGGCUGCUUUGGGUGGCAAUGUCCCCCGGGAACAGUUCACAGUGGUGAUGUUAACUUACGAGCGGGAGGAAGUGCUGAUGAACUCCCUGGAGAGGCUCAAUGGUCUCCCCUACUUAAAUAAAGUGGUGGUAGUGUGGAACUCUCCCAAACUUCCCUCUGAGGAUCUCUUAUGGCCAGACAUUGGUGUCCCAAUCAUGGUCGUCCGUACGGAGAAGAACAGCCUGAACAACCGCUUCUUGCCGUGGGACGAGAUCGAGACGGAGGCCAUCCUGUCCAUCGACGACGACGCUCACCUCCGCCACGACGAGAUCAUGUUCGGCUUCCGGGUCUGGCGAGAGGCGAGGGACCGCAUCGUGGGCUUCCCGGGGCGCUACCACGCCUGGGACAUCCCCCAUCAGUCCUGGCUCUACAACUCCAACUACUCGUGCGAGCUCUCGAUGGUGCUCACUGGUGCUGCCUUCUUCCACAAGUACUACGCCUACCUGUACUCCUACGUGAUGCCGCAAGCCAUCCGCGACAUGGUGGAUGAGUACAUCAACUGCGAGGACAUUGCCAUGAACUUCCUCGUCUCUCACCUCACGAGAAAGCCUCCCAUAAAGGUGACCUCCCGCUGGACCUUCCGCUGCCCCGGCUGCCCCCAGGCCCUGUCGCACGACGACUCGCACUUCCACGAGCGGCACAAGUGCAUCAACUUCUUCGUCAAGGUGUACGGCUACAUGCCGCUCCUGUACACCCAGUUCCGCGUGGACUCGGUCCUCUUCAAGACCCGCCUGCCCCACGACAAGACCAAAUGCUUCAAGUUCAUCUAGGAGGCUGCCGGGCUCUCCGGCGGGAGCACGGCGGCGCUCGGAGUGCCGGACGCCCUUUCGCCGUUGCCUCCGGCCGCCCUCCGGCGGGACGCAGGCGCCUGUCACCCUCCCAUCACGCUGCCGGCGCCGCUGCCGCAGAGCUGCUCCCUGGGAUCGCAGGCUGAGGAGCGGCGCCUCGGCUAGCGGCUCUGCCUCUUCGCUGGCCAAGGGCAGCCAUUCUUUUUAAUUAUAAUUAUUGUUAUUUAAAAUGAAAGUGUUUUAGAUUUGCCGCGUGAGACUUUCUUUUUCCUUUUUUUUUUUUUUUUUUUUUUUUGCUUUCUUUUUUCCCCUCCCUCCCUCCCUUUCCCAACCCUUGCUCCCCUCCGGACCUGCCUGCCCGCUCCGGGGCAGCAAGGCCAGGACGGAGGCGACGUCACCCACGAACAGGCCGUUCCCGGCACGAGGCGGCUCCGGCGGCCGCUGCUAUCCCCGUCCUCCCUCCCGCUCCCUGACUGCUCUUGGACCCCGCCGCGCGCCGCCAUCGAGGCUGCGGAGGUGGCGCCGACUCCGUGCCCCCCUCCAUGUCCCACCGGCCGGCUCCGUGUCCCCGGCUUUGGCCGCCCCGUCGGUGCUUCUCUGGCGCCCGGUGGCCCAUCCGGGUUCCCGUCUGCUUCCCGGUCCCCUUUCGUUUCAACAUCCGCCCCUCAGAACGGAGCAUUUGAAGGCUCACAGUGUCUUUAAAAAAUAUAUAUGUAUGUCGGAGUGGAGACUCCGGCGAGGUUUCCGCUCUCGCUCGGAGCCCAACCAGCCGCCGCGGCUCCCCGGCAGCGGCACCUGCCCGCGCAUCGGCCCCGGCUGCCCCAUGAGUUGACGAGCCGCUGUGGCAGCACCGGGUUCGAAAACGAGAGGAAAAGGAAAGGAAAAAAAAAAAAAAGGAAAAAAAAAGAAAAGGAAACACUCCUCCAACAUGAGCACAAUAUUCCUACGUCGAGUUUUUUCUUUUGUAAAAGGAACCAAUAAACGGAGAGUUUAACUUGA